ACAUUCAGUACAUUCUGCUUAUCCGGGGAUGUCGCACCGCUGCUAUUUUCUCCCUACAGUCCCUCUCACUAUCAGCCCACAGCUCAAGCGGACUGACACGGGUCUCUGGCUGGAAACAGACCGAGAAUAGGACGCCAACCGGAGGCCAAGAAGAAAAAAAACAUGGCCGAACUCGGCGCAGGGAGCCUGCCGUUGGGAGAACCAGCUUUUAGCUACCAGCAGGAACAGGAGCUGAACGAGCGGCUGAAGCGGCUCUACCCGGCUGUGAACGAGGAAGAGACCCCUUUACCCCGAUCCUGGAGCCCCAAGGAUAAAUACAGCUACAUCGGGCUGUCACAGAACAACCUGCGGGUCCACUACAAAGGCCAUGGAAAGAACCAUAAGGAUGCAGCGUCAGUGCGAGCCACUCACCCGAUCCCUGCCGCCUGCGGGAUUUACUACUUCGAAGUGAAGAUUGUCAGUAAAGGUCGAGACGGGUACAUGGGCAUCGGUCUGUCUGCACAGGGAGUCAACAUGAACAGACUGCCUGGAUGGGACAAGCACUCGUACGGUUACCACGGUGACGACGGCCACUCGUUCUGCUCCUCCGGGACGGGCCAGCCGUACGGGCCGACGUUCACCACAGGCGAUGUGAUUGGCUGCUGCGUCAACCUCAUCAACAACACCUGCUUCUACACCAAGAACGGCAUCAGCCUAGGUGUUGCCUUCACGGACCUUCCUCCCAACCUGUACCCCACCGUGGGGCUCCAGACGCCCGGAGAGAUCGUCGACGCUAACUUUGGCCAGCAGCCGUUCGUCUUCGACAUCGAGGACUACAUGAGCGAGUGGCGGGCAAAGAUCCACGGGAUGAUCACCAGCUUCCCGAUCGGCGAGCGGCUGGGGGAGUGGCAAGCCGUCCUGCAGAACAUGGUGUCCAGCUACCUGGUGCAUCAUGGGUAUUGUGCGACUGCAACAGCGUUUGCCAGAGCCACAGAGACCACGAUACAGGAGGACCAGACGUCUAUAAAGAACAGGCAGAGAAUACAGAAGCUGGUUCUGGCGGGUCGGGUCGGCGAAGCCAUCGACGCCACCCAGCAGCUCUACCCAGGUCUGCUGGAACGCAACCCCAACCUGCUCUUCAUGUUGAAGUGUCGGCAGUUUGUGGAAAUGGUGAACGGGACGGACAGCGAGGUUCGCUGCCUGACGGUUCGCUCCCCAAAAUCCCAGGACAGUUACCCCGGCUCCCCCAACCUCAGCCCGCGGCACGCCGCCAGCGGCACGCACGUCCACAGUGGAGGAGCGGAAAGCCCCACCUGCAGUAACGGUGUCGCCCCGCCCAACAAGGCGAAGGUUCAUGGCGGCAGCAGCAUCAAGUACCCGAGCGCCUCCUCCUCCACCUCCUCAUCCAGUUCCUCCUCCCCUUCCUCCAUAAACUACUCUGAGUCCAACUCCUCCGACUCCACCAAGAGCCAGCCGCACAGCGCCAACAGCAACCAGGAAACCAGCGACAGCGAGAUGGAGAUCGAGGCGGAGCAUUACACCAACGGCGUGGUGGACGGCUCGUCGGCGCGGAUCAUGAACGGCACGUACCGACAUGAAGAGAUCCUGCAGCCCGACGACAACAGCAUCUGCAAUGGGGUCACAGACGAGGGCCGCAGGAGCAGCAAGCAGCUGUGUGGGGGGAACCAGGCGGCCACAGAGAGGAUGAUCCAGUUCGGACGGGAGCUGCAGGCGCUCAGCGAACAGCUGUGCCACGACUACGGCACCAACACCACGCACAAGAAGAUGUUACAGGAUGCAUUCAGCCUGCUGGCGUACUCGGACCCCUGGAACUGCCCGGUGGGCCAGCAGUUGGACCCCACGCAGAGAGAGUCGCUCUGCUCCGCUCUCAACAGCGCCAUUCUGGAAUCCCAGAACCUCCCCAAGCAGCCGCCGCUGAUGCUGGCGCUGGGCCAAGCCACCGAGUGCGUCCAGCUCAUGGCCCGGGUCCGGUCCGGUUCCUGCUCCUUCGCCAGGAUAGACAACUUUUUGCACUAGCCCCGCCCCCCCCGACCCGGUCAGGUAACUGCUGAGCAGCACUGAGAUGUCCAGCUGGUCGUUGCCAUGGCGACGAAGAGGCGAGCAUGCGUCUGAUUGGAUCAGAGAAGAGAAGGGAAGGAGGCUUCCUAUUUAAUUUAGUAUUAUCAGAUUUAAUAAAUGUGUGACACUAUUUAAAUAUUAUUAUUAUUAUUAUUAUUAUUCAGUUUAUUUAGCCGUUUUUUUUUUAGUUUUUUUUUUUUUAGUAUUUUUGUCAGUUUGUUGUGCUCAUCCUGGAAAAACUAGUCAUAUUCCCCCCUUUUUUAUUUUGUUAUUAUUAUUGUUAUUUUCUUUUGCUGUAAUUUCUGUCGUCGAUUUUGUUGUUUCUGUUCUCCCGGAUCUUUCUGAACCAGAACCAGAACCCAUAAGAACCAGAAAUAAUUCAACCCAAACCGGACGAGCUUUAAAUGCUGAGCAGCGUAAAAAUGAGCUUUUAGCGAUUUAUUUCAAAUGGAUUUUACUGCAAACAGCGAUAAUGUUUAGAAACAUGAAUUUAACAAAGUAAAACAAUUUAAUUAACAUUGGGUCGAAAUUAUUCAUACAGGCUUUAAUUAUUCAUACAGGCUUUAAUUAACGAAUAAAUCAGCUAAUUUCAGCUUUUUUAGCAACUCAAACCUCAAAAAUAUGUUUUUUUCUGCCGUUGUGUUUUUUUAAGCCUCUUUUUUUAUGAAGUUUCUUCUUUUAAUCAUAACCCAAACAUUUCCAGGCCCCACAGUAUGAUGCUUCCCCCUCCUUUUGUCUCAUUUAUCGCAGUAAGAAGCGGUAAAAUGUAAAUUAUUUUAUUUUAAUUUAUGGAAAAUACCAAUACUAACUCAGCCCAGCAGAGGAAGAAAUUGAUUUUUCUUUCCAUAAAGUUUUUAAAAAAAUUUUUUUUAUAAAAUUGAAAGAUUCAGUGAAAGUCUGGCUACUUUCUAAAUCUUCUUUUGGACAUUUAAAGUUUUAAAUCUUGUUUUUAAAAAUCACUGCAGUUGCUUUGUUGCAUUUUCAUCUCGGAAAAUGUUAAUAAAUCAUCAAAAACAAGAAAUAAAUGCAUCAUAAAUAACUAAAUUACGCUUUUUAAGCAAAUUAAAACUCAAUCACAUUUUUUUUUGCAAUCAUGAUUUUUUUAGAGCCUCUUUUUGAUAAAAAAUUAUUCUUUUAAUUAUAAUUGAAACAUUUCCAGGCCCCGCAGCAUGAUGCUUCCUCCUCCUUGCUUCUUUUUAAUCCAGUUACUGCAGUGAAACCGCUCAGUUUUUGUCUCAUUUGAACUAAAAAUAACUUUUUCCCUGGAGUUCUCAUACCGGCGGCGUUUUUACAUUUAAAAUGUAAAUUAUUUAGUUAAAUGAAACAACGUUGCAGAGGGAAAAAUGGCGUUUUAAUAUCUAAAAAUUUGUUUUUUCUUUUCAAAAAGUUAUAACAAUCAAAGAUUCAAGUAAAGCCUGGCACAUUUCUAAGUCUUCUUCAAAAAAAUCACAGCAGUUGCUUUAUUGUAUUAUUAUUUUGAGUUAUUUUUCAACUUCUGACGUUUAAUAAAAUAGUCUGUGAAACUUUCCCAUUCGCCUUGUUAGCAGGAGAAAUUAUUCCCCACAAGUUAGAAAUAAGAAAGCAUUAAACCCUGGUUGUUGUUUCUGAUUAAAGUUAAUGUAAUAUUCCUGAAAACUUUCCCAGAGAAACAGGAAAAAGAACAUCAGCCGUGUUCAGAAAACAUAAUUGAAGGUCCUCUGCGGCGGCGAUCACUAACCGGGAGCAGAGAGGUGUCGCAGCCUUAAUUUCACUGUAACAAGCGCCGCGCCGGCCAAUCAGAGAGGUGGUUGCAGGUGGCGGCGCCGAUCCCCGCUGCACCUGCGACACCUGCCCUCGGGGUCGAGUCCUACUCUAUUAUCAGCAUAAAGAAAAUCAGUAUCAAAGGCCGGCUAACAAGCACAGUGUGCGCACGUCGGAAAGUCGAGUUUCAUUACCGCAGGCUUCGCUUUCCCCCCUCCACACUCUGACCCGCUGUGUGCUCCUGCAGUCGCAGCUAGAGCUUCAAAUAAAGAGGUGAAAUCAUGUGACAAACAGGGAAGCCUGUAAUUUUAAGGUGCACUUUGUGAUGAUUAAACCGCAGCCUUUCUUUCACCAGCCUUUUGUUCCAGAGUUCGGCUCGAUUUCUGUGCAAUAAGAUGAAAGUUUUCCUCCUCUGCGCGUUCGCUAACAAGAUUUCCCUCCACUUCCUGUUUCAAAGUCAACAAAGCAGAGAGAUAAUCCAGAUUACGUUGGUUUGUGAGUUUAAAUUCACCUCCAGUUUGAGCUUUUUUGGAUCUCCUGAAGUGGCGUUCAGUGGAGUAGCUAUUAGCAGUCAGUACCUUACUUAAUCAAUCUGAAUUUGAUAAAAUAACAAUGUUGAUGCAAACGGAGACCCUUGUUGUACCUCAUUUUAGCUUUAUUAUACAGCAGGUUUAUUAUAUUAGCAGGUGAUAAUCCUCUAUAUUUAAUAAAUUAUUUUGUUUACAUUUGUAAUAUCGACAUUUUUUGCUCAGGGUCACAAAAUUGGCAAAUUUAAACUACUGGGGUGCCACAAAAUUAAUUCAAUUAAAGAUUCAAAAAUUUAUUUAUUGUGAUUUUUUAAUCCAUCUUGAAUAAAUCAAAGCAAAGAGAUAAUCCAGAUUAACCUGCACAUUCUUCAUUUAAGUUAUUUUUGAGCUUAAAUUCAUCUCAAGUUUGAGCUUAGUUGGAUCUUCAGAAGUGGGGUUGAGCAGAGUAGCUUUUAGUAGUCAGUACCUUACUUAAAACGAUCUGAGAUUUUGCAAAAUAACAUGUUAAUGCAGUUGGACGCCGUGUUUGAAGAUUAUUUUAGCUUUAUUAUGCGAAAUUAGUGGGUGAUAACCUUCUAUAAUGAGUUAAAUUGUUGGUUCUACAUUAAUGGUUUCCAAUGUUUGACCCCAACUUUUUAAAUUUCUGGCAACCCACAAAAUUCAUUAAAUGAAAGAUCAAAAAUUAGGUUGUGAUUUUUAGUCUUGAUAUAAUUAACGAUCCAGAGCAUAAAAAGAGCUUCAGACUUUCUUUUAGUUGCAUUACUAAAAGAAAAAUAGACAAUUAUCCAUCCAUUGUUUUGUAUUUUGUCGGCCAUAUUUUCACCAUUCCUGACUUGUGAUAGGGGACCGGACAAAAUCAUUUCAAGUGUCACUAAUGGCCCAUGGGCCACACUUUGGACACCCGUGGUUUACAUUGUCUCAGACCUUUUGGUAUCUUAUUAUUGCUUUGGAAAGUGAAGAAAAUUCUCAACCCAACACUUCCUGUCACAGGUGCCAAAACACUGACGAAAAUUGUGCUAAUUUUCAACACAUUUGUGCUGCAAGUAGAAAAUCAGUUGAACAUAAAAUCAAUUAGGAAUUAUUUUCAGGUAUUUCAAACUCCAUGUCUAUUAUAGCUUCAUAAGGAAUACCAAACAGCAAAAAGUCUAAAUUUCUCCAAUAAAAACUACAAAAUAUGUCUUUUAGAUGCAAUAUUUGGUGUGUGUGAAAUAUGCAUCAACAGGCUUUUUCUCUGGAUUAUAGCUAAACUCUUUCUAAAGCAUUACUGUGCAGUUAUUUUGAUUCUGGCCUUUAAAAACGAGGAUAUCAGAGGGUGAUAAUCCUAUAAUUUUACAUCAGUCUGAAGCCAAAGACUGUUAGCUUUCCUCUGGAGUUGAGCGAAAAAUCAAUUAAUCCAUCAAAAUUUUGAAAAUCUUUGGAAUUUACUGCAGUAAUAAUCCAGAUUAGAGAACCUCACUUCAAAGAUCCAAAGUAAUCCGUUAUGUUAGGCUUCCUUAAAUGUUCAAGUAGGUGAUAAAACACAAAAAUGUGAUUUCAGCCUCUCAUCUGUUCCUGUUUUUAUUUAAAAGCAAAGCAUGAAGUUCACUAUGACUUCCUCAGUUUGACCUCUGACCUCUGUCCUACCCUCCAUGCUCAAACUGAUCUGGCCAUGCAGUCGAGCGAUGCACAAAUGACUUCUACCUUCAUUUUAUUUUGUUUUUAUUUCUUGGGGGGAGACUUUUGAGUUUUACCUAAAUAUAUAAAAAACGUAAAAAAAUUUAAAAAUGAAAAAAAAGAAAAAAACAUUGUGAAAUGAGUUAUUAUCUACUUAGCAUGACUUUAAAAACUUUAAAACAAUAAAAAAAGGAAAAAUGAUAAUUGUAAAAAAAAGUAUUGGAAACAUGUUUAAAGAUAAAUAUUGUACUCUGUUUAAUUUUGACAGAAUUAUUUUUAUUAAAAUACAUCCAUAUGCAUAUGAA